AUGCGCAAGGAGGUCGUGACUUUCAAGUGCACGGCCUGUACUAUCGGCAAGAAGUACCAUGCCCCUAAAACUUGGUCUAAGCUACCGCAUCCGCGCGGUAGUCUCACACACUUGGCUAUAGAUUUCACUGGACCCUAUGAGAAUACUGCUUAUCCUUAUGCUGUUACCAUUACAUGCUUACAUAGCCGGUUCUUUCGGGUAUAUCCUAUCAUUUCUCCUUCUACUAUUGCUGCAUGCUCUGCGCUGGAAGAUUGGGCGAGAAGCUAUGGAAUGUACCCACGAAUAAUUAUGCAUGACAAUGAUAAAGCCUUCCAGCUACAAUUCACUUCUUGGUGCAUGCAACGUAAUAUUGUGCAAGCUGCGGUACCUCUUCAUGCACCUGAGUCCAACUCGGCUAUUGAGCGUCACCAUCGAACAUUUCACGAUGGGUUGAGAGCCUGUAUUGCUUCUACUGGUGUACUGGAUUGGACUGCCCAUUACGACCGAGUCGUUAAUCGCAUUAACCAUGCCCCUAAUUCUACAACUAAAACUGCUCCUUAUGAUGUCUUAUUCAAGGUUCAACAUCAUUGCCCCUUACGCAACGACUACAAGGCCUUGGACUCCUUUGUCUACCCUUUCCCGCCCGAUCAUUCCCCACGUUUUCAGCAAGGCUCGGUUGUGGCGCGCAGAUCGGAGAGAGCUGGCAAGUUGGAUCCUGCAUAUGAAGGCCAUUAUGAGGUUCUAGAGGAAGUUAGACCCGAUGUCUUCUCUAUCCGGCGUAUUGGUGGUACUGGUGUCAACUCUGUCCCUAUACAACUCAAAGCAGAUCGCCUUAAACUAUUACCAGGGUUGCCUAGAGUACAGAAAUCCUAG